AGGUAGAAAGUAGACUGCUGAUAUUUUCAUAUUUUUGUACAAGCACAUCAGUAAAAUGCAUGAUUUCGUUCAUAUUGAGCUGACGCAAUGACAUGGAUUGACAUAAAUAGACGCAAUGAGAAAUCGAUAUUUCCCUUAUUUCGUACUUGAAAAUUACUAUGUCAAGGUUUCAAAUGACAUCAGCCUAUGCUACUUUUUCUGUAUUUUAUGAUACCUUCUUGAGACUGUUGAGAAUAUAUAUUUUAAGAAGAAACAGGAUUUUAAAAAAUUUGAUCUGUCAUCUUCAGACCAGCACAUCAGAUAUUUUUGAAAUAUGCAAGGCUCAGCUGUUUUUCCAUCUCCCAACAUGAGCUCAUUGGACUGGAAAAAAGGACACUACGGUUCAACCCUGCAGGACAUGAACAAUUACACUUUCUCCACAUACUACCAACACUCUCUCCCUGUCGCAAUUAUAUUUAUCUUCGCCUACAUCUUGAUUUUCUUUUUGUGCAUGACUGGUAACAUAGUUGUUUGCUUCAUUUUAUUAAAGAACAAACAGAUGAGGACUGUCACUAACAUUUUCAUUCUAAAUCUGGCCAUAAGUGAUCUCCUUGUAGGCAUAUUUUGCUUGCCUAUUACCCUUAUGGACAAUUUAAUAACAGGAUGGCCGUUUGAUAUAUUUAUUUGCAAGAUGAGUGGCCUAAUACAAGGAGCAUCGGUGUCAGCAUCUGUCUUCACCCUUGUGGCCAUUGCAGUGGAAAGGUUUCGGUGUAUCAUCUACCCAUUUCAGCAGAAGCUCACCCAAAAACAAGCCUCUGUCACCAUUGCGUUUAUUUGGACCCUGGCUGUCAUCAUCAUGUGUCCAUCUGCAGUGAUACUGACCGUCUCCAGGGAUGAGUACCACUUCAUGGUGGACAGUCAGAACAACACCUAUCCGCUCUACACCUGCUGGGAGGCCUGGCCCGAGAAGGAGAUGCGAAAGAUCUACACCACGGUGCUCUUCUCCCACAUCUAUCUCGCGCCGGUCACCCUCAUCAUCAUCACGUACGCCUGCAUCGCCCUCAAGCUCUUCAGGUCCGCCGCCUCCGUCGGGGACGCCCACGCCGACGACGACAGACACAGGGUCUCCCGGAAGAAGAUCAGGGUCAUCAACAUGCUGAUUUUUUUGGCGCUGCUGUUCACGGUCACCUGGCUGCCCCUGUGGACCCUGAUGCUCCUGACGGACUACAGCAACCUGACCGCCAGCCAGCUCAACCUGGUGACGGUCUACAUCUUCCCUUUCGCCCACUGGCUGGCCUUCUUCAACAGCAGCGUCAACCCCUUCAUCUUUGGCUACUUCAACGAGAACUUCAGGCGUGGGUUCCAGGCGGCCUUCAGGUUCCAGCUCUGCUUCCUGAAGAUGCGGAGCCAUCGCAGAGCAUCAAAGAGGAGGACGCAUAACCGUGUUUUUGUGGAGGUCCAGCCUCACAAAUCUGGCAGUCACGAAAACAGGAAGCGUAAAGGUAUACACGGUGGAAAAAAACAAAAUGAGCUCGUGCUGGAAGACCUUGAUUAGAAAACGUAAUUAAUUAUCUAUCCAUCCUGUGGCAAGGUUGCGAUCGAGAGAAAAUGUGAAUUGUAAUUCUAAAACUAAACUUAUCUUACUUUGAGUGAAAUGAAGUAGGCUACAAAUAAUGCUUUGCCAUUCUGAUCAAAACAAAUUUUUGCCACAUGGGCUAAUAAUUAAAAAACCCUGGGAGCGAUUUCUGCUUUAAUUUACUCAAGUUGAGCAAGCUAGCUCAUGGCAUCCAGUUUUUGACUUUUCAUUCAAAUGAAUUGCUUUCUCUUUGAGUCUCGAAAUGCUACCAAUGGCUGUGUGAAUAGUAUGAUCAAUAAACAACACAAAUGUCAGACACCAAAAAACGAUUUGCUCAGAAAAACAGGAGUCAUUAUUUUGUUGUGGUUCAAGUCUGAGCCAUCACUUGUAAUCUUUUGAAAAAAGACUCUGGAAUUUCUACAUUUACAGAAUGCAGUGUAUUUUAAUUUCUUGCGUUUUGGCAAUCCUGCGUUAUUGUGACCACUGACACUAUAUGGUAAAAUAUAUUAAUAAUAUUAAUUCCACUGCAAAGCUGACAGGUCAUAAACUACUGUAAAUAUCUAAAGUAUCCUUCAUCACAGACAAAAACUGUCAUCUAUGCACUAAAACGGAAAUAUUAUCAAAAACACCAGAAAGAGAACCGUCCCUUUAAGGGAAAAAAUUCACCCAUAAAUAUCUGCAGAUCAUAAGACAAACACCCAGAGUAGAUGCAUGUAAUGCCCUGCUUCACUUCUCCACGUUAGACAAAUUACUCACAAUGAUGUUGUUGAGAAGAACUAUACUUUGGUUUAAUAUGGAAAGUAGUCAUUUCUGUUCAUGGUAUGAAUUGUCAUUGUCUUUCAAUCGUCAACUCCAAUCAUCAUAUACUUGAAUAAUUAUAUAUACACACGUGUGGGUCUUUGUCUGCAUCGAUACAGCAAGUCACCAUGUCAGUACAAUGCUUCUGUCUUCUUAAACGUAUCUUGAA